GCUCCUCCGCUUCGCUUCACUUCAGCGGCUUUACGGAAAGGGCGACGACCGGAGGCAAACACGGAGGACUUCGGCAACUAAAAGCACACUCUUUCUAGAGAGAUGGCUGCUAUCAGGAAGAAGCUGGUGAUAGUUGGAGAUGGAGCUUGUGGGAAGACCUGUCUGCUCAUCGUCUUCAGUAAGGACCAGUUCCCAGAGGUCUACGUCCCCACUGUGUUCGAGAACUACGUGGCAGACAUUGAAGUGGAUGGCAAACAGGUAGAGCUAGCACUUUGGGAUACAGCAGGUCAGGAGGACUAUGACAGACUCAGGCCCCUCUCCUACCCCGACACUGAUGUUAUCCUCAUGUGCUUCUCGGUGGAUAGCCCUGACAGUUUAGAGAAUAUUCCAGAGAAGUGGACCCCUGAAGUGAAACACUUCUGCCCAAAUGUUCCCAUCAUCCUGGUGGGCAAUAAAAAAGAUCUGCGCAAUGACGAGCACACCAGACGAGAGCUUGCAAAGAUGAAACAGGAACCAGUUAAAUACGAUGAUGGCAAAGAGAUGGCGAGUCGCAUCAGUGCCUACGGCUACCAAGAGUGUUCUGCCAAAACCAAAGAUGGUGUAAGGGAAGUCUUUGAGUUGGCAACUAAAGCGGCUUUGCAGGCCAAGAAACGUGGCAAGAAGUCCAUCUGCCUUGUGUUAUAGGCUCCCAGAGGAGAAGGAGCUGCCCUUAAGCACAGAUGAACAGGGCAGCUUCUUUUGAACUUUGUGAUGUGGGGAAAUAUUUGGGUGGGUGGGGCAGAAAAGUUCUGCAGAUGCUCGCUUUCUGAUCACCUGAUGACCCUCAGUAAAAUUCAAGCAGAUCUGAAAAUCUUUGAUAGUGUUUUACACUUUGGUUCUUGUUCUACAGAUUCAUUUGUCUGCUUUUUUUUUCCUCUUGCAUCUAUCAAAACAUUUUCAGAUCUCCAGGUGGACAGCGGCGGUGCUCGGGGUAGAGGGUGAUUCGAGGUUGAGUUUAUGCUAACAGGGGUUAAAAUGUGCCAUGUUGGGAAUGGAGGGAGAAAAUGGUCUUCACCGGGCCAAAGACAAUGGAAAUACAAGAAAGACAGAAGAACUAACAUUAAAAAAAGGUUUGAAUUAAGACCAUUUCUAAGUGGAUCUUACACAGUAUCGCCUACAUGUAGUGCCUUGAGAGCAGCGGUCAAGAAAAAGUGGGUUGAGGUGUAGGGAUUCUUAACUUAGGGUAUUAUUUGUCAUUUGUAGUGUCCACACUUUGCAUUUGUGAAUGCUUUCUCCCUGUCACUGGCUCGGCUCCUUCAGGCCCUUUUCAUUUGACUCAGGCCCUAUGCGCAGGGGUAUGCCUAAACUAGAUUGUAUGAGAUAUUUUCCCAUACUGAAUUACUUAUACUUUAGAGUGCGUGUAUGCAACUGUAUGGUAGUCUCUUUUAUCCAGUGCAGCUCUGCAUGCGGUGAAUGUGUGUAUAUUUGUGUGCUUGUGUAUUAACAUAUGUGUCUAUGUACUGUAUGCAUGGAAAGGCCUUCCACGUCACUGAUCUAACCCUUUGUUUCCAUGCCAAAGUUACCCCGGACAGCCACGUUUCAUGGCUCAGACGGGUAAUGGAAUAACAGCUACUCAGAGUGACAUAGAAGCCUUCACUUUACUGGAAGACAUUGUACUAUAGCCAGAGGCACAAUCAGGUUAAACAUUCAAGUUUUUAGGACCUUUUAUUGUGUAUACCAGAUAUUGAUUUGAUUGUGUUAAUCAGUGGGUCAAAUCAUGAAUGGUGUAGUUGAUAAGUUGAAUCUUAUUUUAAAUAGCUGAUACUAGGCUUAUCUUAUUACUAUAAUGUCUAUUAUGUACUGUCUGUCUUACAGAGCAUUGUAAGAACAUGUUCAUGAUGUGUAUUUCAAGUUUGCCUUUUACUCCCACUCACCCCAUUCCCCCCUUUUCAUGAUAUUGUCCUUAUUGUAUUAUAUAACUUUUUAUUGCUGAUGUCUCUAAUUUUCUUAUAUUAUAUUUUAAUCAUUUACUUAAUCCUGCUGUUACGAUCAGCUAAUGUCAGUUAAAUGAUGGAUUAUAAUCGCUUUUUUGUCUCAUUUAAGGCAAGGUUACAGCUGAGGUGCUGGGCUAUAUGGUUUUGUUGGGGGUGGGCUGCUAGAGCUGUUUCACUUCUUUUUGGUUUUUGUACUGUGAUAUGUGGGGAUUUCUGGAUUUUAUUCAUUCCCCUUAAAUCUGUUAUUGGGGUUUUCUGUUGUAAGGUAUUUAUGUGUUUUUGAUCAUUAAUGAUUACGGUUUUCCCCUAUAUUUUUUGGCAUUAAUUUACUCUUUUUCCUGAAAUAAUAAAAAACCCUGUAACCUGA